AGUUCCAUCCCAUAAACUCUGCAAAUUCUAUCACAGCUCUCUGAUUUUUCUCCGUUUCUUUCAGAAAGCGCUCUUUUUUUUUAAGCCGUAGAAAUUUUUUUUCAGAUUGUUGAAUCUUGACCGUACAAAAAAAAAAAAUGUCUGGUAAAGGAGAGGGACCCGCCAUCGGAAUCGAUCUCGGCACGACCUACUCGUGCGUCGGAGUUUGGCAGCACGACCGUGUCGAGAUCAUAGCUAACGACCAAGGGAACCGAACGACGCCGUCUUAUGUCGCUUUCACCGAUACGGAGCGUUUGAUCGGUGACGCUGCUAAGAACCAGGUCGCCAUGAACCCCACCAACACCGUCUUCGAUGCUAAGCGUCUGAUUGGUAGGAGAUACAGCGAUGCGUCGGUCCAGAAUGACAUGAAGCUUUGGCCUUUCAAGAUCAUUGCUGGGCCUGGUGAUAAACCCAUGAUUGUGGUCAACUACAAAGCUGAGGAGAAGCAGUUUUCUGCUGAGGAAAUCUCUUCCAUGGUCCUCAUUAAGAUGCGCGAGAUUGCCGAGGCCUACCUUGGUGCCACGAUAAAGAAUGCUGUUGUGACUGUACCGGCUUACUUCAACGACUCUCAGCGCCAGGCCACAAAGGAUGCCGGAGUCAUUGCCGGUCUCAAUGUGAUGCGUAUCAUCAAUGAGCCCACUGCUGCAGCCAUUGCUUAUGGUCUUGACAAGAAGGCGACCAGCGUCGGCGAGAAGAAUGUUUUGAUUUUCGAUCUUGGUGGUGGUACUUUUGAUGUCUCUCUUCUUACCAUUGAAGAGGGUAUCUUUGAAGUGAAGUCAACAGCUGGUGACACUCACCUUGGAGGUGAGGAUUUUGAUAAUAGAAUGGUGAAUCAUUUUGUUCAGGAAUUUAAGAGGAAGAACAAGAAGGACAUUAGUGGAAGCCCCAGAGCUCUUAGGAGAUUGAGGACUGCUUGUGAAAGGGCAAAGAGGACUCUUUCAUCGACUGCUCAGACCACCAUUGAGAUUGAUUCUUUGUAUGAGGGUAUUGAUUUCUAUUCGACAAUUACUCGUGCUAGGUUUGAGGAACUCAACAUGGAUCUCUUUAGGAAGUGCAUGGAACCAGUUGAGAAGUGUUUGAGGGAUGCUAAGAUGGACAAGAGCACCGUACAUGAUGUUGUCCUUGUUGGGGGUUCCACUAGAAUUCCCAAGGUUCAGCAGCUAUUGCAGGACUUCUUCAAUGGGAAGGAACUUUGCAAGAGCAUUAACCCCGACGAGGCUGUUGCCUAUGGUGCCGCUGUUCAGGCCGCCAUCUUGAGCGGUGAGGGCAACGAGAAAGUGCAGGAUCUCCUGCUCUUGGAUGUUACUCCUCUGUCCCUUGGUUUGGAAACUGCUGGAGGUGUUAUGACUGUAUUGAUUCCAAGGAAUACCACAAUUCCCACCAAGAAGGAGCAGGUGUUCUCGACCUACUCAGACAACCAACCAGGUGUCUUAAUCCAGGUCUACGAAGGUGAGAGAGCAAGAACCAAGGACAACAACUUGCUCGGAAAAUUCGAGCUCUCUGGCAUUCCUCCAGCACCCAGGGGUGUUCCUCAGAUUACCGUCUGCUUUGAUAUCGAUGCUAAUGGUAUCUUGAAUGUCUCCGCUGAGGACAAGACCACAGGCCAGAAGAACAAGAUCACAAUCACAAAUGACAAGGGAAGGUUGUCCAAGGAAGAAAUUGAAAAGAUGGUUCAGGAGGCUGAGAAGUACAAGUCAGAGGACGAGGAGCACAAGAAGAAGGUUGAAGCCAAGAAUGCAUUGGAGAACUAUGCCUACAACAUGAGGAACACCAUCAAGGACGAGAAGAUUGGUUCCAAGCUUUCACCUGAGGACAAGAAGAAGAUUGAGGACGCCAUUGAUCAGGCAAUCCAGUGGUUGGACGGUAACCAGCUUGCAGAGGCUGACGAGUUCGAGGACAAGAUGAAGGAGCUCGAAAGCUUAUGCAACCCUAUCAUUGCCAAGAUGUACCAGGGUGCUGGCCCUGACAUGGGUGGUGGCGGCAUGGACGAGGAUGCUCCUCCUGCUGGUGCCAGUGGUGCUGGUCCUAAGAUCGAAGAAGUUGAUUAAGUCAAUGAUUAAUUAGGCCUCCACGCUUAAGUUUUUAUUUAUUUUGGGUUGUUUCAUAAGCUUUUUCUAUUGGGAUAUUUUGGCUGAUGCCAUCAUCUUUUGAUGGACUUGGUUUUUGGAUACUUCCACACAUCGGAAGUAGUUUUGAGUAAAUUAUAUACUAUUCGGUUCCUUAUUAAAAGCAAUAUAGUUUUCGUUAUUACAAUAA